AUGCCGGUUUCGGCGCAAUCUGAGCUCCGGAAGGGGCCAGUCUCAAGUAAAGCAAAGCAGGCUUUUCGUGCAGAACCGCCCAUUCCAGCUCCGCAGACCCGCGUUUCUUGGGCGCCCCAGAGACGUAGCAGCACGGCAACUCGUCGCACCGACCAGCAGCACCCAGGCUUCUGGCCGAAGUUGGCCCCAACAAAGCCAAAGGAUGAUCUGUUCGCAACUAUGGCCGAUGAGUUGACGAGCGAUCCUUAUCCCUUGUGUCGCCGUCCAACGAACCAGAUUUCUGUGGGCAGAGCUCGAGUUCGCCUCGACGUAGCGGAGAGUGUCGGAAAGAGUGUAAUUCUGGAAGCCAGCUACAAUCCUACCCAUUUCGCUGCACUCGGAGGCUGGAUGGAUUGGAUUCGCAAGUUGGCUUUACCGUAA